AUGCCUAGCUCGGACAAUCUUGAUACUCCCAUGCUCCCACUCCCUUGUGCCCCUUCGUCCUCGUGGGAAAGCUUUUGCGGGCGACUUCGAGCCCUAUUCAAUGGUGCGGACCCAAGAGUUUGCACCGCUUUCUGGUUUUUCGGCCUAAUAAAUAAUGUCCUCUACGUAAUAAUCCUUUCCGCGGCCCUUGACCUCGUCGGGCCGGACAUCCCCAAAGGCGUCGUCCUCCUCGCCGAUGUGGUCCCUUCGUUCUUCACAAAACUAUGCGCCCCCUACUUCAUUCAUGCCAUCCCAUAUCCCGUCCGCAUCCUAAUAUUCGUUGCCUUGUCCGCCUGCGGUAUGCUUCUCAUCGCACUGUCGCCGGCCUACAUACCAAAUUCUCCGACUGGGAACCCCAUCAUGACGAAAAUGCUCGGGGUAAUUCUGGCCAGCUUAUCGAGCGGGGGCGGCGAGUUGAGCUUCUUAGGCCUGACGCAUUUCUAUGGCCCGUUUAGUCUCGCAGCGUGGGGUAGCGGGACUGGGGCGGCUGGACUGGUGGGCGCGGGGGCAUACGCGUUAGCAACCACUUCGUUUAGGUUCAGUGUGAAGACUACGUUGUUAUUUUCGGCUGGGUUGCCGCUAGUUAUGUUGCUGAGCUUCUUUACAAUUCUACCCCUAGGGCCGUUGAAAUGUGCGGAGAAGCUGGGCGAGUAUGAGCAGAUUUCUGCUGAAGACGAAGCCGAUGAAGCCGGUGUUUUGGGUAGGGGUCGGACUCAACAAAGAGAGCUAGAUGAUACCGGAGAUGAGAGGGAUGGGCUAUUAGGACGGGAUUUGGAGCACACAAGGGAGGAUGGCAAGUUGGUAGCUAACGGGAACGAUAUGUCUUGGUCACGCUUCAAAGCGAAUCUGAAAAGGGCCCAGGGUUUAUUCUUUCCAUUCAUGCUCCCCCUCCUCCUAGUUUACAUCGCCGAAUACACCAUAAAUCAAGGCGUUGCCCCAACCCUCCUCUACCCUCUCGACGAAACACCCUUCAACCACUUCCGCGCCUUCUACCCAGCUUACAACGCCAUCUACCAAUUCGGCGUCUUCAUCUCGCGCUCCUCCACACCCUUCUUCCGCGUCCACAAUCUCUACUUCCCCUCAUUCCUCCAAGUAAUCAAUCUGGGCGUCCUCAUCCUUCAUGCUCUAUUCAACUUCAUCCCCAGCGUCUAUAUCAUAUUCCUCAUCAUAUUUUGGGAAGGGCUGCUGGGCGGCCUGGUGUAUGUGAAUACUUUCGCAGAGAUCUCAAACCGGGUACCGAAAGAGGACCGGGAGUUUUCGCUCGGAGCGACGACGGUGAGCGACUCCGGAGGUAUAUGUGUGGCAGGGUUGCUAGGGAUGGUGGUAGAGUACUUCCAACGACCGUUCACAAGUAGCCGGUUUUUAUCUGAAUAUCUGGCAUCAUCCCAUUUCGCCGCUGUUCAACGGAUCCAAAUUUCCUACCAUGUUCUAGGGAGGCCGUCGACGCAGUUUCGCAAGAUACAGGUCUUUGCGGUUGUGUCCUUCUGGUUCCUAUAUCUCCUCCGUGGCAACAUCCAUGGCCCUCCUGGCAUUCGUCUCCUAUCCUCCCGGUUAUCCAAGCGAGCCACUCCAUGGCAGACCACCGUUAUGACCCUAAUUGGGUUGUACCUAUCUGGUAAUUUCGCCAAGUUACUUGGUCUCGAGUCUCCCGAGCCUCUCGCGAAUCUAUAUUCCCGGUCCUACUUCCGUGCCACUUGGGUAACCACGGCACUGGAUGCCGGGUUCUGGACGGCCAUGAACAUCAAGAAGAAGUGGUUGCGGGAUCUAGCAUCAAUGGUCUUCUCGAUUUACUACCUCAUCGCCGCAGAACAUGCAGAUGAGAAGGUCCGGAAGGUUAGAGCUGUGAUGACAGUGGAGCACUUGCGCAUAUCGUGGAAUAAAGCUACGACACCAUACCUGUCAUUUCUCUCAAAGCUUAUGCGUCCACGCUUCAUGGACUAUGCGCCGGUUCAGAUACGGAUAUCCAGACCGAAAGAAUCGUCGUACAAGGAGCCGUGCAUUGCAUGGUUAUAUUAUAACGGCCCGCUGCAUACCCUGAAGGACCAGACUAAUAUCGUUCUGGAUAUCCCCGGUGGUGGGUUUGUGGCCAUGGGCCCACGGAUGAGUGAUGAUAAGCUCCUAGCCUGGGCCGGGAGGACGGGAGUGCCGGUCCUGAGCUUGGAUUACAAAAAGGCACCUGAAUAUCCUUAUCCAUACGCCCUAAAUGAGUGCUACGAUGUUUAUCAUACCCUAGUCACUAGCCGUGGUCGUUGCAUUGGUCUAAGUGGCAAGGUCAGUCCCAGCAUUGUGAUUACAGGUGACAGUGCGGGUGGGAAUCUGGCUGCUGGUGUCACGCUGAUGGUACUCCAGUCAGAGAGCACGAAUUCGCGGAAGCGGCGGGGAGAGGACUCUCUACCGCCUCCGGCUGGCUUAGUGCUCAUAUACCCGACAUUGGACAUGAACAUAGGUAGUUGGAUGACGGAGGAUGAAAUGUCAUUAAUACGGGAGCGAGGAAUGCGAGAGACAAAUGUCAAUAUCCUCCGAAGGAAAAGUGAGGACUACCGCAAGCUAACCUCAUCACGUCCGUCAAGCUUUCACGAAGCCUCCUCAGAACAUCCAGUCAUCCAAGACUAUUUCGCCCAGCAGCACGCCGGUGUAAUUCAUGAGGACCGUGACCCAGCGAUUGAGACCGAAAACAUCAAUAAACCUGUUCCAGGAAACACUGCCUCAGAAGUCGUGGCCACAGCUAACAAGCAUCCUGGGCAUAUCGAAACACGACUCGCCGUCUCGUCCAUGAUUUCAUACUUCAACGACCGCAUCCUGACCCCUGAAAUUAUGCGUGCUACAAUCAUCCUCUAUAUCGGCCCAUACAAUCGUCCGGAUUUCAGCUCAGACUUCCUCCUCUCUCCUAUCCUCGCGCCUGAAGCUCUGCUGGCCCGUUUCCCCAAAACCUUCUUCCUAACGGGGGAACGAGACCCGCUAGUUGAUGACACAGUGAUUUUCGCUGGGCGUAUCCGCCAGGCAAAACUGCGUCAAUUUCGCGAACGACAGGAGCUGGGCCUUGAGAAGUCCAUGAGAACGUUCGAUGAAAAGGCGCAUGUCGAAGUGUCCCUGAUCCCGGGAAUCUCACAUGGGUUUUUGCAGUUUCCUGCCUUGUUUCCCGAGGGGUGGAGACAAAUCUUCCGUUGCUCACGGUGGAUUCGGAAGUUGUUCGUGCAUGCCGCUGAAAGAGCCUCUGCGGCUGAAGGGGAUCUUACGGCCUCCUCGAUGAGAUCUCUCGCGCCUCGUCGACGGCAAGGAGAUAGCUCAGGGACUUUAAAACCCGACUCCUCCUCAUCAUCAAUAACAUUCGCGAGGCGGGGAGACGCAGGAUCUACUCAACGAAGCAGAACGGAUAAGAGUGGACCACGAGACCACCAACGAGGACUGACUGGGGAAUCGUCGGGCGACGAAGAUAGGCCACUGGAAAUGACCAGGCUGAGAAUGACCAAACGACCAUCAGCUUCGCUUGGGGUUUCUAAAUCCGCCUUGUCUUCCUCAUCGCCUUCUGCUCGAUCAACAGCGGAUGCCUCCUAUUUCCCCUCUCCAAGCCCAGUCGCCGCCCCCGAAGGGACAGUAAGCCCCGACUCCGUUAAGACUGGUCUCAUCCCCUCCGCGGGCCCUCCAAAUGGUAUCGUAAAGCACAAGCAUCCACCACAACCGAACGGGGACACAACACAGUCAAGUCCCGGCGUCUUGCCUUCCAUCCAACCCAGUACCAACGGAAACCACGCCCGCAAUCAUAACGAGGGUUGCAAACCAACCCACGAGGCGGAGGAUGAUGUGGAUGGAAAAGAAGACAUUGUCCAUUCCUGGCGCAAGCGCAUGACGAAUAUGGCUCUACAGCGCAAUGAGAGCUUGACAAGCUUGCCCAGCGAGGAGGAUUUGUUAGGGAGGCGUAUGAAUGGGUUGGCGGGCGGGUUGUUAGGGAUGGGGGAGGCGGUAAAGACCCCUUAGGGAUUUUUUAUUUUUUAUUUUUUAUUUUUAUGUUUAUUUUUAUUUUUAUUUUUAUUGAUUUAUUUGCAAUAUUUAGAGUAAUGUAACUAACGGGUAGCCUCUUAUUUAUUUUUUUCUUUU